AUGGGUCUCCCUCACCAUCAUCUCCUAGCAAGAUUAGAUUUGUCUUCAAUGGAUCUCCCUCUUCAUUAUCUUCUACUCAACAAGAUUGGAUCUGAGGAACAUCAAUCCAAGUUAGCCCAACAUCAAGUUCUGGUAACUGUCUUCAAUGGAUCACCCUCACCAUCAUCUCGAUUUGUCUUCAAUAGAUCUCCCUCUUCAUCAUCUCCUACCCUCAAGAUUGGAUCAGGGCAGCAGAAAACCAUGUCAAAGUCAGCCGUUAAAAUCAUCAACUCCUCCAAGCCACCGGUUAUGCUUUUCAGGGACCCUGAGCUCGACAGGAUGGAGAACGAGAUGAGAGAAAAGGAUGAGGGAUAUUAG